AUGCAGCUCCUGGUGGUGUUAGCAACUCUCAUGGGGGUUCUGUUCAGCGUUAGAGCAGCCGCCGUGCUUCCCUUGGAGGAUAGGAGCUCUAUCCAUGUGAGCAGGGAGCUGGGCAAAGAGCGCAAGGAGCUGAUCCUGAAGCUGGUGUCAGGCUUGUUGGACGGAGCUCUGGACACCAACAUGCUGCCGGGGGAAGCAGCACCUCUGGAUCUUGAGGAGCCGCUGGAGUCUCGUCUGGAGGAGCGGGCGGUCUACAACAGGCUAUCACUGCCUCAGCGCGACCGCAAAGCCCCCUGUAAAAACUUCUUCUGGAAAACUUUCACCUCCUGCUAA